AUGCCGUUCGCGUCGCCAUUCCCAGUACUUGACAUUCCAAAAUGCAACCUGCUCGAUUAUCUGUUUCCCCAGGAAGCAGCGCCUUCAGACACACCGAUUUGGAUAGACUCCAAAGAUACCGACCAGCACUUGACACCACGAUCGUUGCUGCAAUGGUCAAAACGGCUGGCCUUGGGUCUGGAUCGCAUUGGGAGUAAACCAGGCGAGGUGGUCAUGAUCUUCACACCAAACCACAUCUUCGUUCCCGUAGCCUACCUUGGAAUUGUGGGGUCGAAGCGGAUCUUCAGCGGCGCGAACCCAGCAUACACCGUCUCUGAGAUGAUACACCAAGUUGCGAAUACGGAGGCAAAGUUCAUUCUCGCGCACCCAACUCUCAUCAAAGCAGCCGUAGCAGCAGCGAAAGGUGCCGGUCUUCCAGAAGGCCGCGUCUUCCUCUUUUCAGACGAGCCUUGCGCACCGGUCGAAGGCUGCAAAGACUGGAGGGACAUGUUGCCAUCCCCGGCUGAGAGCAAGGCAUACAAUUUCCCGAAGCUUUCAGAACAAGAAGCAACCACCACAACAGCGACAGUAAACUACUCCUCCGGCACCACCGGUCUACCCAAGGGCGUCGAAGUAAGCCACUACAAUCUGAUUGCGAACCUCGAACAAACCAUCUUCAUAAGAUAUCUCAAUAAGCCAUGGAACGCGGAUACCCGGCCUCAGGAAACAUGGAUCGGGUUCCUACCUCUAUAUCACGCUUACGGGCAGCUCUACACCAUAGCCAUGGCACAGAAGCUGCAGAUACCUUGCUAUAUCAUGAAGAAGUUUGAGUAUGAGGAAUUCUUGCGGGUGAUUCAGACUCACAAAGUCACACAUCUGCAGGUUGCGCCGCCAAUUAUGGUCAUGCUCAGCAAGAGACCAGAGACGGUGAAGUACGAUCUUAGUAGCGUAACUGAUAUCCUAUGCGGUGCCGCACCACUGUCAAAGGAACUCCAGAAUGAGAUCAGCAAGAAGCUACAAUGCGAGAUUGUCCAGGGCUGGGGUAUGACGGAGGUUACUUGCGGAGCCAUACACGUGCCAGGAGGUACUGUAGAUGACUCCGGUAGUGUAGGCCAGCUAGACCCCAACUGCGAAUGCAUGCUUCUCGACGACGACGGCAACGAAGUCCCCGAAGGACAGCCAGGCGAACUUCAUGUUCGUGGUCCCAACAUAUGUCUUGGCUACUGGCGCAAUCCAGACGCGACUAAGGAGUCUAUCUCACCAGAUGGAUGGCUCAAGUCUGGAGACGUUGCUAUCGUGAAGAACGGAUGGUUCUGGAUAGUUGAUCGAAAGAAGGCUAGUCACGUUUGCCUUUCAACACUCACGAUUGGAACGAGUGCUAAUACUACCCAGGAGCUGAUAAAAGUCAACGCUUUACAAGUUGCACCCGCCGAACUGGAAGCCGUGCUCCUCGAAUUCGACCCAAUCGCCGAUGCGGCUGCCGUUGGUAUCACGCUUGAUGGGCAGGAAUGGCCACGUGCAUACAUCACGCUCAAGGACGAACACAAGGGCAAGACAACCGCGGAGGAUAUCCACAGGCACAUGAAGAUCAAGGUCGCAAAACACAAGCAGCUUGUAGGAGGCAUCGUGUUCGUGGACGAGGUGCCGAAGUUGCAGUCUGGGAAGAUCAUGAGGAAGGUCGUCAAAGAAUGGGCGAAGAAGGACGCUGAGAAGAUGGGCAAGGCUAGACUCUAG